AUGGUUUUAAUCGCCGCGAUGAAAAUGUUGAGAGAGGCGGAUGAGCUGAAACAGAAGAUUUCUAAAUUCAAAAGUGGAACUUCUAUGCUUCAAGAACGAAGUCUAUGGGCUACACAACAGCAGUUGCAAAAGGUAUAUCAAAAAGUACUCAUUUUGGAUCUCGACUAUGCAUUGGAUAAGAAAGUUGAGCAAGAUUUGUGGAAUUUGGGCUUUAAGCAGCAGAUUGAAGCGUUGCAGGCCAUUUCUAAAGAUAGGAAAAACCCCCUGCGCAGCGAAGGUCAGGCCAUGUUAUCAUGGGUCUUGCAAGCGGCGGCCGGCUUCUACCUUUGUCUGUUACAUCAGAUCUGUACUACAUUUAAACUGGAUCUACCAUUUAGACGUCGGGCCUCCCUCUUGGGUCUUGUAGAAGGCUGGGGAGCGGGCGAGUCUGCAGUCGGAGCGCGGCUUCCUCCCCCUGCGUCCGCGCGGUACAUCUGCCAACACUGUCUCGUGCACCUCGGAGACCUGGCGCGGUACCGGCAACAGCUCAGAGUCGCACAUACUUUUUACAGGCACGCGCUCGUGGUGUCGGCGCACUCGGGGCAGCCGUACAACCAGCUGGCGCUGGUGGCGUGGCGGCGCGGGCGGCGCCUGGGCGCGCUGUACUGGCACGUGCGCUCGCUGCUCGUGCGCGCGCCCUUCCCGCCCGCGCCCGCCAACCUCGCGCGCACGCUGCGUGCCGCCGCCGCCGCCGCCAGCACAGAGGUAAACCCCGUGCCAGUGAUCCCGGGUAUAACGGACGGGUGCACGCCCACGCCGGCCGCUGCGCCCGCGAGGCUCGACGCGCACGGCUACGUCACCGAGCUGAUACGUGCCAUACAUUACAUACACACUGUGGAAGAAUUAGAUACGGCAGCUGCUUUAGUGAACUCGUUAAAUUCGUCGCUGACGACACUCAUUGCUACUGAUAAUUUCGAAUCUAUGACAUUAAUCAAGAUGGCGUGUGUAAUGAUCUGGCUCAUACAUUCCACGACGGAAGAGCUGAGCGUGGAGAGCUGUGCGUUAAGCGCUGGUGAGGCUCGUGCUGCCCAGCUCAGCUGCAGCCUCGCCACCGGCACCUUGCUGGCGCUGCUGCUGCCCAACUACACCGUGGACGUGGUCGUGCAGAGGACGCUACCCGCAUUAAAAGUGUGGUUGAGCUGGGCGUCGUGGCACCCCCGCAUCAUGCAGGAGGGCGCGUGGGUGUCGCUGGCGGCGCUGUGGCCGGCCGUGGCGCACGCGCUCAACCUGCUCGCGCUCAGCGCCGCCCCGCUCACCGACAACUAUGACAGUGUCCCUCUCCCUGAAGACGAGGAACUAGCAGGGUUCUUGCCUUUAGAGAACGCGCUCAAAGGUCUACGGUUCCCCAACCACGCAGCAUGGGACACGUACGGAGGGCGAGUGCCUGAUUUAGAUGACGGUGAUGAAAAUACUGACCAACCAGCGGAAGUGUCAGUGACGUGUCUGAGCGGUGAUCCAGAGUUGGAGCAGAGAGUUCGUGCUCAUCGCAUACUGCAGCUGGGCGUGCGGCUGUCACAGAUCAUGCCUGAUCAUCUUACCUACACCGAGGAAGAGGGCCGCCUCAGGUUCAGUGCGACGUCAGUGGGCGGCGAGCAGCUGUCGCAGGCGCUGGCGCAGCUGCGGGCGGCUGCGGGCGCCGAGCCCGCGCCCGCAGCGCCCGACCCCGAGGACGAGUCGGACGACGAGCCCUCGCCCCCGCCCCCGCCCGUCGUCAUCUCCGAGGCUGACUUCCGGGAGAAAGUUCGCGAGAAACGCGUGGGUAUUCUGAAGCCUCAGGGAUCGCUGGAGCGAGCGCGGGAAGAGAGAGCCCUCGCCACGCAAGAAGAACAUCAGUUGAUUCAAGAGCCCGACAUUGUCGAAGAAGGCAAGGGAGAGGAUAAGAAAGAGAUACGGAAGCCGCGUGUCAACAUUGCCAUGGCGGCCAUUAUGAGGAAGCAGGAAGAGACCAACAAACAGGUGAAAUUUGUAACUCCACCCCCAACACCAGACUCGACUGUGGACUCACAAGAGACCAAGGAGGAUAAGCCGAAGAUCAUCCAACCGAAAGCGAUCAAAUCCCUCGCAAACAUUCCUCUCGGUAGGAAAACUGGAGGGAUUCUCUCUCUCAAGGAUAAAUCCGCCGGGUACCCACAUCUAGUCAACACUGAUCCGGAACCAGCUAAGAAACCAGAAAAAGAAGAGAAGAAAGAUCUUAAAUUAAGCCAAUCUGCUCAGAACUCCCAGCCCUUCCAACCAAAACGUCAGGAACAACCACCUCCAGCACCAAACUGGACUCCAAACUUAACAUUCCCUGAAGGACCCAGAAUGAAUUUCCCGAAAAACUACGGCAUCCAAAGUCCUGGCUUGACAUAUCCAAAUUAUGUACCAACAAAUGUCAAUAGCCAAGGUAUAAGAUUACCUGUGGUUAAUCCAAAGGAGAUUGACGUUAGAACUGCAGCGUUACAAAAGCAGAACUCACGACAAGAGCUUUUCCAAGAUGGCCAGAAGUUCAAUCACAAUUACCAAAUGUCUGGCGACAAAAAGAACUUCCUCAGCGAUCUACCUCCACGCUUUGCCAACCAAUAUAGAUAUUGGCAAACUGCUCAAGAUAACCAAUUCAAUGAUAACAAGUUUAGAGACGAUAGUUUUAAAUCAAACGCAGCGUUCAACGCUCAGCAACCUCGCAGUUGGAACACACAACCUCAACAACCAACAGCGGAAAGUUACCAGCAACCGAUGUGGUGGAAGCCGGAACAACCGCCCAACUUCAGCGCCAACUUCUCCACGCCCUUACCAAACUUCUACUCCCAACAUUUAAACGCCAACAUGCCAACUCCUUACCCAAAUAUAUCUUAUAAUCAAGUUCAGGCUCCGAAUAAGCAGGAAGGUUUCUCUCAGCCGGGUUACCUGCAAACCGCUAUCGGCCAGCCACAGUUGCAAGCUCUGCAGAACAUAGUCACGUCGCCCAACUUUAGCUCGUCCUUGAACAGUUUUAACUCUUAUGCUCCCUCGAUUAGCUACGACUCUUCGAUGUACCCGCAGUUUAACAACAAACUCAGUUACCAACCUCUACAGAUGAAAAUGCCUGAUAAACCUCAGAUGGGUUUCCAGGGUAACAAAGAUCUCAUGGAUAUGAACCAACUAGGGUUUGGAGGGAAUGUUCUAGAAAUGCAACAACGGAAUUUGACUAUGAAUAAUUUUAACGAACCGCUCAGUGAUGUGUCGGCGUCGAAAAAUAUAGAACAGAUGGUUGGGCAGAGCGGCGAAGGUCCGAGCGCCUCCCCCCCCAGCAGCACGUACUCUCUGUUCAGCGGCGCGCCCGACGCACCAGCCUGGGGCGCCGUACAGCGACAGCCACCCUCUCUAUGGUCGGGGCCAGGGCCCUCUCCUCUAGAGCGUCUCCUAGAACAGCAGAAGCAGAUGAAGCAACCGCCGGCUCCACAAUGA